CUUGCCAGAACAAUUGAGAUACACGCAUUAUAAAAUAGAAGUAGAGAAUUAGAAUUACAAGCUCUCAUUCAAGAUUCAGAUACAAUAAACACAUCAGAGGUGAGAGAGUUUAGAGAGAGAGAGAGAGAUAAUAAAUAAAAAAAAUGAAGAAAUGCGAGUUGUGCAAGUCUGCUGCAAGAAUGUACUGUGAUUCAGAUGAAGCAAACCUGUGUUGGGACUGCGAUACCAGAGUUCACACCGCCAAUUUCCUAGUCGCCAAACACUCCAGAACCCUUCUCUGCCACACUUGCCAGUCUCCAACCCCGUGGUCCGCCUCAGGCCCCAAGCUCGUACCUCGUACAGUCUCAGUUUGCCAAACUUGUGUGAAUAGCAACAACAAUGUUGACGACGACCGUCAUGAUCUCCAUAGCGAAGACCAUAACAAUGAAGACGAAGAAGAAGAAGAAGAAGAAGAAGAUGAUGAUGAUGAUGAUGAUAACGACUACGACGACCACCACCACCAUGAUCAUGAUAAUGAUGGCGACAACAACAACAACAACAAUGAUGGCGAGGAUGAUGGUGACAAUCAAGUUGUUCCUCUGUCUUCUAUGCCUCUGGUUUCGGGCGACUCUAGCAGUGAAGAAAAUUCGUCCAGUAGAGUCAUUUAAAAGUGAUGAUCUUUGUUCUCAUGUAGUAUUCUUGAAACCCUUUUUCUUUGAUUUCAAAAUAGUAUGUGCAUAUUUAUAUGUACAUGUAUAAAUCAUGCAUAAUAAGAUUAAUUGCUCUGUUCUGUUCGUUCAAAGCAUUGAAUUCUUGA